AUGGAUGCUAUCCCAGCCUUAAUCACAGAAAGCAACUAUCAUCAGCUCUUGAAUCAAUGCGAGCUGUUGGAGAUUGAGCACGCGACAAAUAAAGAAAUCAACAUCAAGGAGGUGUAUCCUAUUGCCUUAGCAAGUUGUAUAUUGAUGAAUGACCUACAAACUGCUAGACACAUUCGUCAACGCAUCAAUAGCAAAAAACCAAAAGACACCACACCUGAAAUCGAAGCUAUCUGGAAAGUUGUAGUUGAUAUCAGCAAGAAAUCAUACCCUCAAGUAUAUAUGGACUUGGACGCAUUUGAAUGGUCUCAAUGGAUGCAACCCUUAAUCAUAAAGAUCAAGGAAAACACAAGAAACUACAUGCUCCAGCUUGUCUCAACAAUUUACACAGCAAUUCAAUUAAGCCAGGCAGCAGAGUACUUUGGUUUGUCAGAGGCUGAUGUAUUACAAGAGCUGGUUGUUGCAAGAGGAUGGAAAUACAACGAGGCUGCUCAAAUCUUAUAUCCCGCAAAAUCAGGCAAGUAUAGGCAAGGGUCAUGA